UUGACCGUUUAACACUGAGAUGAAGUACAAAUAACCAAAAACUAUUAAUUAUUCAUUCCUUUAUUUAUUCAUUUCUUUUACACAGAGAGAUUUUUCUUUUUCAACCAGUAAAACACAUUUACUUUCACUUUUGUUUUGUAAGUCAGUUGUGUUGACACUAAGCGGAAAUCCAUACAAAAAUACAAUUAAAUAUAUGUUUGAAUAUGAAACAAAGGGAAAUCCUUUAUAUUCUUGUCUUCUUCCUGUAUCCUCUCCAGCUGUUUGGUGAUGAUGUCCAUUCCAUAAGUGGCUUUUUCAUCGGCUCUGAAGGCCUCAACCUGCCAAAUUACAUGGAAAGGAUCGCUGUGAACGACGUUACCAUCUUUUACCAUGACAGCAGGAAAAACUCCAUUGCGCCGUGCCCUAAAUGGCUGAACACAUCCAUCGGCCAGAAGCACUGGGAAGACAUCAGAGUCAUAUCACAACACAACAGACAGACCAUGAAUACAGCUCUCGAAUCAGCCAUACAGCAAUUUAAUCUCACAGGCUCACAGGCGGACAUUAAUAUCUACCAAGGCUACAGUCGCUGUGACCUCUAUUCUAAUGGCACCAUCCAUGCUUUUUUAAAUCAUGCAUUCAAUGGGAAAGACUUCCUGAGUUUAGAUAUUGACAGUAGGACAUACAUUGCUUCUGUUCCUCAAGCCCUCGUGUAUAAAAGGCAGAGGGAGCAAAAUCCAGUGCUGAUUGCAAUCACAGCAGCUUUCUACCGAAAGACCUGUAUCGAUCGCUUGAAGCUGUUCUUAGAGCAUGCUCCAGGAGUCACCAUAAAGAAAGCUCCAGAGGUCAGGCUUUUUCAGAGGCGAAGAGCCGGUUCCACUCUCGUAACCUGUCACGUGACCGGGUUUUUUCCCAGAUCGGUUCAGGUGAAAUGGAUUGGGGAAGAUUUACCGCCAGCGGAUAAUGAGAUAAAUGAUGUGCUGUCUAAUGGUGAUGGAACAUAUCAGACCAGAAGGAGUGUGAUCAUACCUAAGGAGAACCUGGGAGAUCAUCACUACAGCUGUGUAGUUCAACACAGCAGCCUAAAGGAAAAUAUUACAGUCACCUGGGGUGAAGCAGAAAAACACUCCAGGUCUCAUUUGUGGAUUAAACUAACCUGCUUCAUGGCCUUAGGGCUUGUAAUAUUGUGCUUUAUUAAAAGUUACUGCAAAGAAGAAAUUCAGCCUGAUUAUCCUUAACCUUCUUGGAUAUUUGUCAAUGUUUCCACUCCACAAUGUCUACACAAGUUUGCUGUUUUUCUUACAGUACCUCAGGUUUAGCUUGAGACACAAGUCAGCAUUUACACUAUGUGACUUUUGUCACAUAACUUUUCACACUACAAUUCAUUCUCAAUUUUAUAGUUUUGCACAACUUUUGCUAUUUCAUAUAAUGGUUAUUUCAUAUUGUUUCUCAAAUGUUCUCAUUUUAAAGAUGUUUUUAAAUAAAUGAAUUUGCUGAUGUUUUAUAAGAAACCUUGAAUACUUAAUAGAACAAGUUUAUGACUCAUUUUACAUAUAUAUUUACUACUAUGCCCAUUUUAUUAUGCGUUUUCUUCUACAUAGUCUAAUGCUUUACAAAUCUUUAAUGCAUACCUCACUCCAAGACUUUUUUAUUCCAGCUCAAUUUAGGCAGAGGUUUUGUUUGUUUAAAUGUUUGUAUGUUUGUAAUUCAACCACUAGGAGGCAGUAUAACUUCAAUUAGUUUCAUUUUAUUUUUGUAUGAAUUUAUUGGAUUGAUAAUACAACUCUCUGCUUGGCAAUAUGAUCAUGAAAUACUAUUUUGUAGCAUGUAAAUUCAUACUUUAAAUAUUUUUGUUUUUGUAAUUGUAUUAAAGCUUUUCCUUACACAUUAAUUUA